AUGAGUUUUUGCCCGACAUGUCCGGCUAUUUUGCCUUGUGGAACUGGACCUUGUAGAUUCCCUUGUCCUCCACCAAAUCCUUGCUGUCAACCAUGUUGUCCUCCACCAGUACCGUGCACUCCAUGUCCUCCUUGUAAUUGCAAACCAGUAUUUAGACCUUGCCCAGCCCCUGUUAUACCAGAUGUGAUACCACCUAUAGUUCCUAUAUUGCCACCUUGUAGACCUCGACGACAACCUCCAUGUGAUUCUUGCCAACCUCCACCUCCAAAGCCAGUGUGUUGCCCACCAGUACUGCCUUGUUGUCCUCCGCCAGAGCCUUGUGAUCCUCCUCCGGUAUGUCCAUGCCCGGAGCCAUCACCCUGUUACCAACCAGUGCUACCAUGCUGUAAUCCUCAAUGCCCUCCACCGAUUCUUCCUAAACAGCGCCCUAUUUGUCCUAGAGCACCACCAGCCCCAUACCCAUGCCUCCCUAUUUCUCGUAGCCAUUGUCCUGAUUGUGAACUAGAUCCUGUGACUCGAAGAAGACCUUUGAUAGUGCAUGAUAAUGUGUAUGAUAAAAGGCCAUCAGAUGCAAUUCUCGCAGUGGGCCAGCCGCCGAAACCAAUAGCUGCCUUCGACAAGGCCACCAUUGCUAUCGACGUUAUUCGUGGAAAGCGAUGUCAGUGUUGCCCCGAGGGUUUGAAUGUCCGCGGCCAACCCCCCGGUUCGGAUGUGUACAAGGCGAACACAGUAUCUACUAUAAAAGACCCUGUUACGGGCAGCCUCGACCCCAGCCUUUCCAACGAGAAUGUGCUCCUUAUUGUGCAAGCCCAAGUAACGCACCCCUUGAAAGGCCCUGCUGCUAUGACUAUCCUUGCAAAGCGCAUUGUUUCAACCACGGAGCAGCCACACGACCUAGCGGUAGAUACGCUAGGACCGUGUGGUAUCCCGGCGAGUGCUGUCCGG